AGUGCGAUGCACUAAUGGACAAAUUUACACUUGCGAAUUUGUUGGUCUGUCACUCUGUCUUUAUUUCUUGGUUUUCAAAGAGAGAGUGUAUCAGAGUUGAGAGAAUGGCAAUCGCCCUUCUUCGCUCUGCCUUCGCUCAAUCUUUCCAACACACCGAGAGAAAUCUUGCGAUACCUUCACGCUGUUUAAUCUCUGGGACCCUUUUGAUCACCUCUAAUACAAACAUUGUUUCUCUUUAUAUACCAGUGGGGGUGGGUGUGCAUUGGAAUUGUGCCUGAAGUUUGUUUGCAGAUUGAUCAAUGGAAGCACUUUUUUUAUUUAUUUAUUUUUUUUAUGCCACUUCAAUGGAUGCACUUGACAUAGCAGAUCUUAGCACAGCAGUUGAGGGAGGGAAUUUAUCAAACCUCCUGGAAGAUAACACAGCUGGGAGAACAGAAUCAUGGAUCUUGAACCAAACUAGUCAAGAUGAGCUUCACCAAGUUGUAUUGACACAACCAAACCAGGUUGGCUCAAGCAGACGAGUAAACAUAGCUCAGGGCAUUGCACAAGACAGGGUUGAAAAGAAAAGAUGGAACGACAAGCGUUAUCGUGACCGAUGUAAGGAAAGGAAAAAGAAAAUGCAGGAUGAGUUAGAUAAGUUUACAGUAGAAAACAGACAUGUGAAGCUCGCAAAUCAAUCAAUAAGGACUGAAAUAAAUUCUAUGAAUUUAAAAUUGGAAUCAAAAACUAAGGAGAUAAAACAACUCCAAGAUGCAAUGAACAAAUUGAGGCGUCAAAAUGGAUGCAUAGAAGUUCUUAUGGAAGCAUUUCUGCAAAGAAUGGUCAGUUCCAAAGAUAGAGAUGACCAGCUUGAGAUGCUAACGCAUGAAAUUACAAUUUUACGUCAAAAUGUUGCUUUCAUUGGAUGGAUGGAAGAGAAGACGCAACUUGUAAACAGAUUUGCAGAUUUAGAACAUCAGAAUAAGCAUCUCAAAGUGAAAAUUCAAGCUUUGUGUGAGAAGAUAAGCAAUGACAGACGUUGAAGAGAUCCAAGCAUAAUAAGGCUCC